AUGAAGAUUCUUUCAAUUGUUUUUUGGCUUUUGAUUCUGUCCAAACAAGCAACUGUUGUUCCAUAUGAGAAAUAUUUUAAAUGCUCAUGCAUAAAUGCAAUGCGACAAUUAGAUUGCUUGACAGCUUAUUGUGAUUGGGAUGCCGAUUCAUCAAGUUGCACAAAUAAGCCUUGUUCUGAAUUUUCAUAAUCUGAUUGCUAAAUACUACCAGAUCCAUUCAAUUGCAUUUAUAAUUAUACAACAAAUAAAUGUGAAAAUUUUACAAAAUGCUCAGAUUACUCUUUUAAUAUAGAUAAGCUAUCACUCUGUUAUGAAUUGAUCAAUUGUGAAGCAGAUCUCGCUUCUAUUGAUAGUUCUGGAACUUUAGAAUGUAAAGAUAGAACAGUGAAAGCAUUUAGAAGUGCAGAUAAUUGUGGUUUAGUAUUAUAUAGAAAUUGCUUUUGGUAUUAAACACCUGAUGGUACUUAAUGUGUUUAGAAUACAUAAUAGUAAAUUUGUGAAUCUAAGUUAAUAAAUAAAUGUUCAGAUUACAUAACAAAUGAAAGUUGUAAUUCUUUUGCUUGUUAUUGGAGUGACUUUAAUAUUUGUACAGAAAUAACAUGCUCCAUUUUAUAAUAAGAUAAUUGUUUUAUGUAUUCAUCUGUUGAUUUAAAAUCAGUCAAACUUUGUUAAUGGACUGGAAAUGCUUGUGUUGAUUUAGAUGUAUCCACUUUAACAUAAACAUAAUGUUUGACCGCAACUGAUUUCACAUACGGAUGGAAUACGGAUACACAAAGAUGUGAAAUUUGCGAACCUCCAGAUAUUAGUUCCAGUUCAUAUAUAAUCCUAUUAGAGACUAUCAUAUUGGUAAUCUUAAUAAAUUGA